CUAACACGCGCCUGAGCCAAGGGCGACGCAAACUCUUUGGUCAAUGUUUGCUCGAGACUCCCAGCCCUGUUACUCGGGAACCGACUGUCAUAGCUGGCAGGCAAGGCGUGAGUCUUUUGUCUUGAGGUUCCGUUGAGUGAGCACCGCGGCCCUCUGUGUGUUUUACAAAACUGCCCCAAGCGCCCUCACCCAAGUCUGGUCACUUUGCAGGCUGCUCUUGCAUCCAGGAAAGCUCCAGCUGCCCCUGCGUCCAAGUCUCUUCUUCCUGUUUUGUUUUGACAAAGGGUCAUAACUUUGACGUCGACCACCAUGUCCGACAAGGAGUCGGUCCAAAUGUCGGAAAAGGCUCCCGACGCCAUCUCGCCUCCGGUUGUCGACACAGUCCACAAUGACGAAGCCUUGAAGGUCAUUUGCGGCUACAACGGUGAUACGGAGUGGACUGAGGAGGAAGAGAAGAAGAUCCGUCGCAAGAUCGAUUGGAAGCUGAUGCCCGUGCUCUGCUUCACCUACACUCUCCAGUACUACGAUAAGGCCAUGCUUUCACAAGCUGCCCUGUUCGGCCUGCGGACCGACCUGGACUUGCUGUCGGGCAACCGGUAUUCCAUGACUUCCUCCAUCUUCUACCUCGGCUUCAUAAUCGGAGCGUAUCCUGCCAUGAUUCUCGCCCAGCGAUUCCCCGUUGAACGCGUCGCCUCGGGCAUUGUCACCCUCUGGGGUCUCACCCUCAUCCUGACUGUCGUUUGCAACGAUUAUCGAGCUAUCUAUGCUCAACGGUUCUUCCUUGGCUUCCUAGAGAGCGGCGUCAGCCCCAUGUUUAUGCUCAUCGUGGGCAUGUGGUACAGGAAACCGGAGCAGGCAAUGCGGAUGGGCGUCUGGUACAGCUGGACAGGCUACGUCUCGUGCGUGUCACCUUUGAUCAACUACGGCUUCGGGCUCAUCGGCGGCGGCGUGUCGUCAUGGCGCUACAUGUACUAUUUCGCCGGCGGUCUCACCAUGCUGUGGGGUCUCGCCCUGUUCGUCGUCCUGCCUCCGGACCCGAUCCGCGCCAAAGGGUUCGACGAGAGGGAGCGCUACAUCCUCGUGGCGCGUCUCCGGACCAACAACUCGGGAGUCCGCAACACGCAUUACAAGAUCGAGCAGGUGACGGAGCUGCUGCUUGAUGUCAAGUUCUGGCUCGUCUUCGCCUUCGCCGUGCUCAGCAUGAUUGCCAACGGGCCGAUUUCGACCUUCAUCCCCAUCAUUGUCUCUGGCUUCGGAUUCAGCAGUCUGAACUCGCUUCUGCUGUUGAUUCCGGUAGGCGUAUGGGCCGGUUCCUGCAUGCUGCUUCUCUCCUUCCUGGCCCAGAAGGUGCCCGGCGCCCGAUGCUACCUCAUUGUCGCAGCCCAGCUGGGGACUAUUCUGGCCUGUCUGUUGCUGCGGCUGCUUCCCAUGUCAAACAAGGUCGGACUGCUAUUCGGCACUACCUUCCUGCCGUCCAUCGGAGGCGGAUAUGCGGUCCUCAUGGGACUACAGGUGGCCAACACGGCAGGCUACACGAAGCGGUCCAUUGCCUCGUCUGGGCUGUACAUCGGCUACUGCAUCGGAAACUUCAUCGGGCCGCUGCCAUUCAAGACCGAGGAUGCGCCGAGAUACGCCAGCGGCUUCCUCAUCGUCCUCAUCACGUCGGCCGUGGCGGCUGGCCUCAUAUUGGUGUACCGCUUUACCUGUCUCUCCGACAACAAAAGGCGUGACAAGGCUGGCAUCAUGGAAGGCUUUGACCAUGCCUACGAUGAUGAUCUGACUGACAAGACGAACCUGCAAUUUCGAUACGUUCUCUGAGGUUGUUAGCUGUACCCUGUUUUGUGUUGUGUGUGGUGGACAUGGUGGGACUUUGAGAAGAUGUC